GUGGCUGCAUCUUUUUAAUACUUCUAAAUUUCUUAUCAAGAAGUCUGUUCAGAAAACACCGGGCCUGUGCUGACCAGCACAUGAGCAACGUGCACCAUUUUAAGGGAAAUAAACAGGUUUCACUCACUGGUAUAAGACUUAUUGGCGAGAAGUAUUGUUCCAGCAAAAAACUUAAUCCACCAUAGACAGAUUUACCAACUUUCAGGUAACACUUUCUGCAUUAAAUAUAUCAAGUCUAAGUACAAUUCAAAAGUUUCUCUCUUGGCCAAUGUUGCUCUUCUUGCUUUGUGUUUUUGAAUUGCACAACGUUGUGUGUCUCUUUAAGACAAGGAAAUAUCCGCCCACUUAAUUCACAAGGUCAAAGAGCACUCCACUGAAUGAAACUGAAAGUAACCAAGGGUUGAGCGGGGAAAAUGGCUCACAGCCUGGACCUGUUGGAUUGCUCCAUUUGUUUACAGCUACUGGACGAACCUGUGACUACUGCCUGUGGACACAGCUAUUGUAUGACAUGUAUAAAUACUUUCUGGGACACAGGUCCAAACAUUGAGAGAAAAUACAGCUGUCCUCAGUGCCGGGCAACUUUCAGCCCAAAGCCUGUUCUCCAGAGGAACACAGUCCUGGCUAAUCUGUUAGACGAGCACAAGAAGAAAACCAGACAAAGUGCUGCUGCUGAUGAAGAUGAUGCUGCUUCACCAGGAGAGCUGCCAUGUGAUUCUUGCACCAAGAGGAAACGAAAAGCUCAGAUGUAUUGUCUCAUGUGUUUAGCCUCCUUCUGUGAGACACAUCUGCAGCCUCAUUUCCAGUUGCCUGUACUGAAGAAGCACAAGCUGAUACAGGCCUCUAUGAGGAUAAAAGAAAGUAUCUGCCCCCUUCAUGACAGACGUUUUGAAAUUUACUGUCGCACUGAUAAGCAGCUGGUGUGUCCACUCUGUGUGGCGGAGCACAGGAGUCAUAACAUUGUGGAGGUCACAGCAGAGGUCCAUGCAAAGCAGGUGCAACUGGAUAUGGCCAGACAGGAAGUAGCAGGUAGAGUUCUGGAUUCCCAGCAUAAAAUGGGACAGCUCAAGGAAGCAGCAAAAUCCAUUAGAGAUGCUGCUUGGGAGGCGAGUGACAACUUUGAGCAGCAGUGCACCAAACAUCUCCGUUUAUAUGCCCACUCUCUGGAAAAGAAAUGUGUUGAGAUGAGAGACAAAGUUGGAGAGGUAGAGAAAGCCGGAGUCGACUGGACUAAAAAUCACAUAGGACGGCUGGAACGUGAAGUCCAUAAACUGAAGGGAAUGGGCCAUAAUCUCGGCCAGCUUGCCCAAACAGACGAUCCCAUUCAAUUUCUUAAGGAUAUUCAGGCUCUGGGUGGCCUCCCUGUGUUUUCAGGCUCAGAUGAAGGACCAGUGUCUCUGACACAGUUUGUUUCUGCAAAAAAAGACCAAUUAAAAAACAUGUGUGACAAGCAGAAGGAUCAGUUAUUUGGCCAUUUCACAGAUAAUGCAACAUUGAGUAUUUCCAGUAAAUCCUACAUCGAACCAAUAUCAAGAAAAAACCUGUUGGCUAUGUGUGGAUGUACUGUUCUAGAGCUGGAUCCUAACACAGUGCAUGCAUGUCUUUACAUGACAAACACCAAGAGAGAGCUAUCAUGGGGAAUAACGGGCCAGGCUCAUCCUGAUCACCCUGACAGAUUCACCCACUUUUACCAAUCGAUGUGCCAAAAUGGCCUUAAAGGAAACCACUACUGGGAGGUGGAGUGGGAUGGUGGCAUCAUCGAAGUGGCUGUGUCAUAUAAAGACAUACAAAGGAAAGGGAUGGGUAAAGACAGCUGCUUCGGCCACAACAACCUUUCUUGGAAAAUGAUCUGCUCUUCUUCUGGUUGCACGUUUUGGCACAAUAAUCUUCACAAAGGUUAUAUUCCUCCUGCUCAGUCUCGCAGAGUGGGUGUGCACCUCAGGUAUGAAGAAGGAAAGUUGAGUUUCUACAGCAUUUUAGGCCCUGAUAAUCUUACACUGCUGCACCAAGUCACGGCAACCUUCACUGAACCUCUCUAUCCUGCAUUUACUGUGGAUUUAGGAGCAACGCUGACAAUAUGCACCAUUUAGGAUAGUCAACAUCAUAGAACACUGUGUACAAGAUCAACUGCUGUUUAUAUGUAAAUAAAUGGGGGGAAAAGAAGUCUUAAAACCACAGGAGUUUUAUGUAUGUCAGAGAAACAUAUUUGUUUGGCUUUUUGUUGUGUUCAGAGGUUUUGUUGAGGCAAUGAUUAUAGCUGAAACAACAAACCCUGAGGCAUGAUGAAUGUAAAACAUUAUACUUAACGGGUAAAAAAUUAAUAAUGAAACAAAUGAUGAACUGUAUGUGAAACCUGACUACCUGCCAAAGCGUCUUUUUAAAUUAAAUUAUAUUUGUCAGGAUCUGUUUGUUAGGUUUUCUGUUCAUUUCUGGUUCUUUACAUUUCCUCUGGUUAGUUUUGUUGUUUUCUGUUUCAGAUACAUUCAGUUAUAUUCUGAUAGAUCUGGUUCUUGUUUAUGUUCUUAGUCUAGUAAUUGUUUUCUUGUAUUCUGGUCACCUCCAUGCUCUCCUUUCUUAUUUGUGUUAAGUAGUCACUCCCUCUGUCUCCCUGCAGCCCUGGUCCACACCUGUGCCAUAUUGCUCCUGAUUAACUCCUCUCCCAGUUCAUUGGUUCUCACUUCACUUCCCUCAGUUUAUAAGCUCUCUGGUUUGCAUUGCUCUCCACUGGUUCCUUCCAUUAACAGCCCGUUAUCAUCCUGUUACCUACCCUGCGUCUUUGCCAUGGUCCAACCCUGAUUCCUCUGUUACUUGGAUUUUCAUGAGCCUGCUUCCAACCUGUUUAUGUUUUUCACCUGCCUGAGUUCCUGUGCCUGGGUCAUGAAAUGAGCAUUGUGAUUUACGAAGUAUAGAAAGAUAUGAGAAUAAAAAGGCUUCAUGACAUCAACUAAAUACAAGCAAGGGUUCUUCCAGGCUAACUGUUGCUCUUCUUUGUGUUGAUUGUAUUUUUGUUACAAAAGCUGAUUCUUAUAUACGGUUUAUAUAAGAAAACUUUUAUUUUCAUGAGUGCUUUCUGAUAUUGACUAACUUGGGUUUUGGAAUUUUGUAAAACCCUUACAUAAAAUCGGAUAAUUUAAAG